AAAAAUAAAUUAAAAUAAACAAACUAAAAAAAAAAUUCAAUAAUGGCUGCUGCCACCGCCGCUUCCAAACUCACCACCGCCUUCUUAACCGUCCCAUCUGCAUCCCACCACCACCGCCAUCACGGCCAACCGCCGCUAACAACCAUAAAACCACCCUCAUUUUUCAAACCCAAGAGACUCCUCAGCAUUUCACGUAAGGCCACUGACGUCUCCUCUUCCUCAGUGCAGGCGGAGGAGUCCUCCUCUGCGGCAGCUCCUAAGGACAAUACUGAGAACUGGGUUCCUGUGGUGCCGCUGGCGGCUCUUCCCAAAGGAGAGCGGCGCGUGAUUAUGCAAGAUGGAGAGAUUAUACUGCUGCUGUGGUAUAAAGAUGAAGUUUUUGCUAUUGAAAAUAGGUCCCCGGCUGAAGGUGCCUAUACUGAGGGCUUGCUCAAUGCCAAACUCACUCAGGAUGGCUGUAUAGUUUGCCCAACAACUGAUAGCACAUUUGAUCUGCGAACUGGAGCUAUUAAAGAGUGGUAUCCUAAUAAUCCCGUGCUGAGGGUUCUGACUCCGGCUUUAAGAAACUUAUUUGUUUAUCCAGUGAAAGUAGAAGGUGAAAAUAUCUACAUAAGCUUAAAAGGUGGUGCAAGCGAUGCGUCUGCAGAGAUUGUCUUCAGUGGAAAAGCUCAACCUGGUUUAACAGCAACUGAUGUCAAUGUCGAAGAGGUGAGAAUGGUGGUUGAUGAGGAGCUGGAAGGCUUUGGAUUCACAGGGACAAAUGAAUUGAUAAAUGGAAAGGCAGCAAUUAUUGGUUUUCUGUUGCUUUUAGAUUUCGAGCUGUUGACUGGGAAAGGCCUACUUAAGGGAACAGGGUUCUUGGACUUCAUUUAUUCGAUUUCGAAUGCUUUCAAUUGAGAGUCUGUUCGAAUCUCACAUGAUGGAAAAAAUUUCCACGUACUGCUAUUGUGGUGAACCAAGAACAUUCAUAGUACUUGCUUUCAUACCUUGACAACUUCUGUAUUCUGUCCAAACUACUUUGAUUCCAAAGUAUGAGACUAAUGAUGAUUCUUGUAUAUGAUUCAAUAAUCAAAAGUAUUGACACAGCUGUAGCCAUAUGAACGAAUUAUCGGCUUUCAUUUUCUCAUAUGAUUAGUUCUGUAUAUCAUAUUCUGUAUUCUUCUUCCUCAUUGGCCA